UACAAGAUACAACCAAAAAUGUGUUGCUGAACCUAACACACCCACACACCCACACACCCACACACCCACACACCCACACACCCACACACACCCCAUCGUGAUUCGUUCGGCGAUGGUCGGGCCAGGCGACGACGAGGGUAAGCGCCGCUCGCGAACACGUUGGGCGAGCGUAUAGACUCCACCGUUGUCGCUGUCGAUUACAGUCCGCCGAUGCGAACGGAACUCUGACGACAACCACCGAAUGACGAAUCGGAUCGUCUCGCGAGAUUCAAAUAGUCGUGAUCCCAUUGUUAAUGUCGUGAUUGUUGGUUAUCGUUGUUAAUAUAUUUUAAUUAAAUCGUUUCAUUAUUAUUAGUAUUAUUAUUUUUCGACGGAUUUGGUGUCCGAUGAAGUGAAGCCAAACUGAUACUGUACUGCGGCCGGUCCUGAGCCAUGGAUCUUCAUUUAACUAAACAAGAACAAACACGUGCAUUUGGACAACACAUUGAAUUCUGAACUCUUAGUGGAUUUAAGGGUUCGCGAUGAACUCGUCGUCGGCCGGCAAUGACACGGCCAAAGGUUCCACCAACGCCACUACAACCGGUCCACACGAUUUGUUCAGAGACAGACAUCUCACCGACUACUUGUUGAUAGUGCUAUUCUGCCUUGUCAUAUUGACGACGGUGGUUGGCAACACGUUAAUUAUAUUCGCGGUGUUUACAACCAGGCGACUUCGGACAGUAACGAAUUACUUCGUGACGUCAUUGGCCGUUGCCGAUUGGCUUGUGGGAACGUUCGUCAUGCCAAUAGCCGUCGUCUACCAUGUUACAGGUGAAUGGACGUUUGGACGUUUGAUAUGUGACAUUUGGGUUUCGCUAGACGUGUGCCUUUGUACUGCGUCGAUACUCAGCCUUUGUGCCAUAUCAAUCGACAGAUAUUUUGCCAUCACCAAACCUCUGCGGUACUCAAAAAAACGGAGGUCCAAAAGACUCGCGUCGCUCAUGAUACUGGUCGUAUGGUUGGUUUCAUUGGUCAUAACAUGUGCUCCCCUUUUUGGAUGGUACGACGAAAAUCGACACAAUAACAACAGCUGUACCUAUAACCAAAACAAGGUAUACGUAGUGUUCUCGGCAAUGGGCUCAUUUUUCGUGCCACUGGUAGUCGUCGUCUACGUGUAUUUAAAAAUAUCCUGCGUAAUCGCGGAGAGGCACAACAAACUCGAAGCCCUCAAUGGACAAAAAUUGAAGAUAUCCCGUUACAGUCACGAAUCGAUGGAAAGACCGUCGGUGGAAAUGGAUGAAAUCGUGCGCGUCAGCUAUAAUGUCAGUUUGCGCAGAGGUGACGAUUGCCGGGUUUCGCUGAAGCGCGAGAACAAAACGGCGCAGACGCUGUCCAUCGUCGUCGGCGGAUUCAUCGCUUGUUGGCUGCUAUUCUUCAUCGUCUACCUGAUCACGCCAUUUUUGCCUGCGACGGCCAUACCGGAGGACAUGAUGAAGUGGCUCACGUGGCUGGGUUGGAUUAAUUCGGCCAUCAAUCCCUUCAUAUACGCAUUUGUCAGCCAGGACUUUAGGAUGGCAUUUUGGCGGUUGACGUGCAGCUACUGCGCCGGACACAAGCCCAACCAGAACGCGCCACACAACCGGUUCGUGAUCAGAUACAGUCAUUAUUCGAGGAACCAAGUCUAAAGAAAUACGUCGAUCAACAGUCGCCGAUAUUUCGAUGACUUAAACGUCUUAAAGGAUAAUAUAAUAUCAUAUUAUAUACUUUAUUCGGUGUAAUCUCGUUAAAACCGUAAUACCUACGCGUAAAACGAAUUUUUUCUCGUUGAGACGUUGAAACGAAAUGUGUUUUUAAUGUUUUUAAUGUGCUGAAAUAUUAUUAUGUUGUAUAAUAUUUACUAUAGUAUAGUAAAACGAAAUUUCCUGUUUAAAUAUCAUCAUACAGUAAACCACAGUAAAGUUGCAUGCGUCUUGUCUUACUUACCCAUUGCAUUACUUUUUACUAUUGUGGUUCUUUAUAGUUAAUUUUUAAAUUAUUUAUUUCAGAUGUCUCACAAUAAUAUUUGUCGUUGAACGAUGUAAUAAACCGUAUUCAUAUAAUAUUUAAAAUUUUACUGCAACCAUUUAAAAAAAAAUGUUAAUAGAUUUUUAAAAAAUAUUUUUUACUGAGUAAUAAUUAACUACACACUAUUUUGUACCAUCAAACAUUAUUCAUAAUUGUUUAUCUUUGAUUUAUUCAUAACUAAUUAGUAUUUAUAUUAGAGGAGUCUUAUCAUCAUUUAUUUACAAAAAUAUGUAUAACUGUAUAAAUCAAAUAAAUUUUUAAACAGGAUUUUUUUUCCUGCCCACAAAGUUCCGUCUUAACGAGGUUUUACUGUAUAUAUAAUAUAUUAACAAUAUACAGUAUAUUUAAGUAGACACCUAGUAAGAUUUAUGUAUAUAUGUUUUAUGUGUGUAUUUGUACGAUAUAGUGGACGCAGGGUUUGAUCGCCGACAUAACUAUUAUAAUAUAAUACUAUAAUAUAGUACACUUGGUACCACUCUGGCCACGAGACAUUUUUUAAUGGAUUUCCGUGCCACAUUCGCUUCAGCCGAGUCGAUUCGUUGACCGUCAUAUAUUACUACUAUUAUUAUAAUGAUUAUUAUUAUUAUUAUUAUUAUUAUU